CACAUCCAUUCACACACCACACACACACACAUACACACACACACACACUCUCUUACACACGGGAUUUAUACUGAGAACAAGCAGGCAGGCGGCAGGGAAAAGCCCCGACGUCCCUUUCCUCGUCCGUUCGAGUAUUUCACAGAGCCAAAUGCCCGGUCCGACCCAAGCUCUGUCCCCCAAUGGAGAGAACAACAACGACAUCAUUCCGGACAGCAACGGCACCAACAUCAUUCCCUACAGAAAGAACACAGUGCGCGGAGAGCGCGCCUACAGCUGGGGGAUGGCGGUCAACGUUUAUUCUACCUCAAUCACCCAGGAGACUAUGAGCAGGCAUGACAUCACAGCCUGGGUGAACGAUCUGCUCUGUCUAAACUACACUAAAGUGGAGCAGCUGUCGUCAGGAGCGGCGUACUGUCAGUUCAUGGACAUGCUGUUUCCCGGCUGCAUCAGUCUUAAGAAGGUGAAAUUCCAGGCCAAGUUGGAGCAUGAGUACAUCCACAACUUUAAACUCCUGCAGGCCUCCUUCAAGAGGAUGAAUGUUGAUAAGAUCAUCCCUGUAGAGAAGCUCGUCAAAGGACGGUUUCAAGACAACCUGGACUUCAUUCAGUGGUUCAAGAAGUUCUUCGACGCCAACUACGAUGGGAAGGAGUACGACCCGGUGCAGGCCAGACAGGGCCAGGACGCCAUUCCCCCUCCAGAUCCGGGCGAGCAGAUCUUCAACCUGCCAAAGAAAUCCCAUCACGCCGCCAGCUCUCCCACCGCAGGAGCUACUAGAUCAACCAGUUCAACCCCUAAAUCCUCCACCUCCACCUCCACCUCCCGACCCUCCUCUGCCAAAAAGAUCCCUGUGAUGUCAGCGACACCCGCUAAAGGAGAGAAAGAGCUGGAAGCCCAAGUAACACAACUAAACGAACAGCUCAAUACAUUAAAGCUAGCACUAGAAGGAGUGGAGAAGGAGAGGGAUUUCUACUUCGGGAAGCUGAGAGAGGUAGAGCUGCUGUGUCAGGAGCAGGGCCAAGACAACGGGCCCUUCGUGGAGAGACUCAUGGAGGUGCUGUACUCUGCAGACGACCAGGAGGCCGGUGGAGAGGAACAUGAGGCUCCGGCUCAGGAGGAGGACGUCCCUGACGACACGCAGGACGAAUACUGAACAACAGACACCUGAACAUACAUGCACUCAGUCAGAAAACUGCUUUUGGGUUCAUUGCCUCAAACUCAUGACGGUUUUUAUUUCUCACUUGCUCUCUUGAUAAAGGAAUGAGACAAAUUGGCCAAAUACUCAAACGUGUCUUUUUGGUUUUGUUUUUGUUCGUUUUGAAGCCCCGUUUAAUUGCAUCAUGACUAUUAUGAACAUGUCACCCAACAGCAGCUUAAUUGGUGAAUGUUGUUCGUUUGAAGCCCGUGAUAACAGCCACUGCACAUCAACUCCGUUCGGUUUUUACUUUAACUGAAGUCUGUUGGCGUUUUCCACCUGCUGUUUUUCAUCUCACCGCACCGAUGAAGGACAAUUGACUUUUUUUUUAAUUCCUUAAGAUGUUACUGUUUUAAAAUGUGACGUAUUGAACCAUUAUAUUUUAAAUUAUUGCAAUAAGAGUAGCUCAAAGAGCCACCGGCACCAUUUGUGAAAUACGGCCUCAUGAUUGAUUCCUUCAGAAGAUUAACUAUUGGUUACCAUGUUAAAUUUUGCAUUAUAACGUAAUGCAUACUGGUAAUAUAAACCCAUGUGACUCACUUGGAUACGUGGUUCAAUUUUUCACCAUGCUAACUGAAAUAUACUUUUUUUUAUUUAGUUAAAUGUUUCUCAGCUUCACAGAGGUGGAAGCCAAUCACAGUGUUUAAUAGGAAGCUUUUUAUUUGAACUGUGCAAUUCGUAUUCUGCGUCUAAACAUGUUUUACUUUAUAUGUACAGUAAAAACAAAAAAAACAACCAUCAUCUGAAGAAAACGAUGCAUCCUGAAGAUUUUUGUUAACUGUUGUUCUAAAGCACAGGUCUUCUGAACAGAAAACAGCAUUCUCGUGAUCUCCUGAUACUCGUCAAUAUUCUCCACAGGUCAACGCUUAUGUCAUUUAUUAUUGUGUACAAUGAAAAGGAAUGUAAACAUAUGUACUGUUAAUAAUUAUAAAUAGACGAUGUUUUUUCUUUUUAUUUCCCUCACAGUAUCUCCCCUUAAGCAUUCCCCAAAUGUGUUGCAUGUUUGCAUUUUAUUUGUGAAUAACUUGACCUGCUUUUUACAUAUUUAAUAAAAAAAAAAGGAAAAAAAAAUGUUAAAUGUUUUUUGUAUGUUUAACUUGCUGUUUAAAAUCUCUGGAGAUAUGAUAGACUUGCCCUAAUAAAACCCUUUCACUUUCAAAA